AUGGCCACAUUCACUGUGCGGCCUUCCAACACCGACAAGGAUGCGUUUCGUAUCAGUCUCAACGUGGUGUCCAUGCUUUCGCUAAAGUUAAAAUCCGGCGACACAUGCGAAAUCCAAGGUGGCUUGACAGAUGCGUCCGGCCGGAAAAAACUGGCGAUUGCUUGGGAGGCGUCGGGCAUCAAGGACUAUGUGGUGCAGACUUCAAAAUUAUUACAGGAGGUUUAUGGCCUGAAGCUCGGAGACAAGAUCGCUAUUACUCGAUCCUCCACACCAGUGGAGGACAUCACCGUGGUCACUUUGCAACCCUCGGGACCACCUCUCGCAUCUGAAGAUGCAAGAUUCUAUGCAACAUACGCGAAACAUACAAUACCAGGAGCGCAUGAACACUUGGCGAUAUCUCAGAGAUUCAUAUUCAAAUUGGGACUUGAUAGAGUCGAGUUCACGGUCAAAGAUAUCAGCAUUGCAAAUGUCAUGAUUGCACGAGUUACAGAAAAGACUUUGUUCAGGAUUAAUGAUCCCACAAAGAUAGAGCAGGCAACAGAUGUCGACUUCCGGCCAGCCCAACUCGGAGGUCUUGAGCAGGAGGUCAUCAAAUUGCGGAAAAUCGUCCACAGAUUACGCCGGGCUACAGUGAGGCAGAAUUGGGCAUCACACCGACCAGUACAAGGAGUUCUGAUAUAUGGCACAAAAGGCACUGGCAAGUCCGCAUUUAUCCAAGCACUGGCUGAUUCGGGCUGGCCAUCGGUCAUCCAAUGGACUACUGGAACCAGAAUACCACCUUCGACCGAACCAAGACUGAUAACAGUCGAUCUACGUUACGAAUCACGAGAUUCUGGCAGCAUGGGUCCAGCCGGGCUGCAUGGUCUUUUCCAGGAGAUCAAGGAAACUCCGACAUUAGUGGUCGCUGAGAUUGUGCACCCGAACGACAUCCAUCAAAGUCUACGUGCUCAAGGCAAAUUUGAAGCGGAAAUAGAGUUACCGAUCCCCUCAGCUCACCAGCGGAAACUAAUUCUACAUGCUAUGAGAGGGGCUGAGUUUGCACCAUCCGAUGAGCUUCUACAGACCAUGGCUGAAAGGACUCAUGGCUACGUUGGCGCCGACCUCUAUGCGUUGUUCAGAGAAACGCUUGACACCGCUGCAGAUAGAUCGGAGAAAGAGAGUGAAAAUCUUGUUGAGGACUAUCAAGAUGAGAGGAGGGAUGUGAACGAAAAGCUCCCCCUUUCAUUGCAUGACAAUGAAAAUGAUACCAAGCCUGAGAAACCUCGAUUGGAAGUAACUGCGCUUGACUUUGAGCAGGCGCUGCAAGAGAUCCGACCAUCGGCAUUGCAAGAGAUCUUCCUUGAAACACCCAAUGUGCAUUGGUCAGACAUAGGGGGCCAAUAUGAAAUCAAACGUCAACUACAGAACGCAAUUGAGAGACCACUGAAAUUUGCCGAGCGGAUGAAGAAGAUUGGCUUACAGCCGAAGAAAGGGGUUUUGCUCUAUGGACCGCCAGGUUGUUCGAAGACACUCCUUGUCCGAGCCUUGGCCACUGAAGCCGGUCUGAACUUCCUCGCUGUCAAGGGUGCGGAGUUAAUAUCAAUGUACGUGGGUGAAAGUGAGAGGGCCACGAGAGAAGUCUUUCGAAAGGCAAGGGCCGCGAGCCCUAGUAUCAUCUUCUUCGAUGAAAUCGACGCUAUCGCGUCUCGUGGCAAAAGUGGUAGCGACCUCAAUGUGUUGACGACACUGUUGAAUGAGAUGGACGGGUUCGAAGAGCUUCGAAACGUCCUGGUGGUCGCGGCGACCAAUAAGCCGCAAAAUAUCGAUCCUGCACUGAUGCGGCCAGGACGGUUCGAUAACGUCGUCUACAUUGGUCCGCCCGACCUGGAAGCAAGAACUGAAAUCUUCCAGAAACGGUUCGAGAAAUUCACGUACCGAUAUGAAGUUGGCGUGGAGGAGGAUGCUCGACGAUUUGCGUCCCUGACUGACGGGUUUUCCGGUGCCGAAAUUGUUGGCAUUUGCCAGACCGCAGGAGAGUUUGCUAUGGACGCCGAUAGGGACUGUACGAUCCCUGAGUAUAUCGAAAAGGCGAUCAAGAUGACGCCCAAGAGCAUUACCAGUGGGAUGAUAUUCGAGUUUGAAUCGUGGAAUGCAGCAAGACGGCGCUGA